UAAUCCCUGUAGCCUAGUCUCAGUACAUAGAUCAAAAAUUGAUUUUUAAGGCGGAGAUUCAUCCGCGCACGGUGGACGCGCCGCCGAAACGACAAGAUUUGAGGUCGUUUCGUUCUCCUUCGGCAUCGCCUCUUUCGUUCGGGUACAGUCUCGAUUCCACCUCGUCCCGUUUGUUCGCUCCUCCGCAGCGCAUUCGUCUCUGCACCUCAGGUGUUCGCGAAAAUGCCCGAGUGAAGCUGCUGGCCUCGGAGGCUCGUGUCUCGAUCAGCAGCUGCUUCUUGGGUGUUUUCUUGAGGUGGGUCGAUUCGGUUUUCGACGAUCAUGCUUUCCUGAUCGGUACAAAGUUGGCUACUUGGAGGGCUGUCGCAAUUACACUGCUUCUUCCAACCCAUUAAACUCCAGCUCAAACCUGAGAAAGAAGGGAAGUAAAAGAGACAUCUCUGUAUGCAUAGCGUGAUUGCUAGACGUUGCUUUUGCACCGGGGCUCCGCGGCCUUGGCUGUUCGUCGGCUUGGGCAAUCCCGGGGAUAAGUACAGAGGAACCAGGCAUAAUGUAGGGUUCGAAAUGAUCGAUGCUUUUGCCGAAUCACAAGGGAUUCCAAUGAGCACGGUCCACUGCAAAGCUAUGUUCGGGCAAGGUUUUGUUGGUGAUGUCCCUGUAUUUCUUGCAAAGCCUCAGACUUACAUGAAUCUGAGUGGCGAGUCGGCUGGACCUUUGGCUGCUUAUUAUAAGCUGCCUCUUAAUAGGGUGCUUGUGUUUCAUGAUGACAUGGACUUGCCAUGUGGGGUGCUUCGGCUUCAACCUAAAGGUGGUCAUGGAAGUCACAAUGGGCUGAAGAGUGUAAUAUAUCAUUUUCGAGGAAACAGAGAAUUUGCUCGGCUGAGAAUUGGUAUUGGGAGGCCUCCUGGGCAGAUGGAUCCCAAAGCAUUCUUGCUUCAAAAAUUCAAUCAGACAGCGAGGGAGCGGAUUGAUGUCGCUUUGCAAGAGGGAGCUGAUGCUCUGAAGCUUGUCUUGUCCAAAGGCUUGACAGAGAGUACAAGAUGCUUCAAUAUGGAACAAAAGUACAAGCAUAUAAGAUUGCAAACCCUGCCUACAUAAAGAAGAAUAGGUAUCAACUGUAGCUCAGAGGAAAUUUCUUCUUCAAACUUUUCUCUUGGUUUCGCUUCUAUUUCUUUCUUCAACAGUGUGUAAGUGGCUCGUGUCUGCUGGCUGGUAUCAUAGGGAGUGAAUUCAUUUUCUGAAUGUGAAAAUGCUCGAGUAUACAUGGAUGACCAUAAUUUGUCAGAAUUGUUUUACUGAUUAAGCCUAGUUAGUCUUGUGAGCUUUGGUGCUAAAUAGAGAAAACUAUGGGAGACUUCAGAUGGAAUAAUUUCA